AUGGAAACCCACCACCACCCACUCCUCUCCUUCCUCCUCCUCCUCCUCCUCCUCCCUUUCUCCUCACACCCUUUGCCUCUCUCAACCAACAACCGCUGGAUCGUCGACUCGGCCACCGGCCAGCGAGUCAAGCUCGCCUGCGCCAACUGGCCAGGCGCCGCCGAGACCAUGCUCCCCGAGGGCCUCGACCGGCAGCCGCUCCCCAACAUCGUGGCCGCCAUCCGCCAGCUCGGCUUCAACUGCGUCCGGCUCACCUACGCCACGUACAUGGUCACCCGCCACGCUGGCGACCGGGUGGGCCGCACGUUCGACGGCCUGGGUCUCGGUUCGGUUAAGGACGAGAUCGCGAGGUUCAACCCGCUGGUCGUGCGGAUGACGCACCUCCAGGCGUUCGACGCCGUUUUGGACGAGCUCGGCAGGCAGGGCGUGAUGGUUGAUAUUGAUAACCACGUCAGCAAGCCGAUGUGGUGCUGUAAGGAGAAGGACGGGAAUGGGUUCUUUGGGGACGCGUACUUUGACCCGAAAGAGUGGUUGCUUGGGUUGACCGUCCUGGCCCGACGCUACGUCUACAAACCUCAGGUGAUAGGGAUGGGGCUGAGGAACGAGCUGCGGGGGGAAAGGCAGAGCGAGGCCACGUGGCGUAAGUACGUGACGUUAGCAGGGAACGCGAUCCACGUGGCGAACCCUAACGUGCUGAUAUUCGCCGGAGGGAUAAGCUACGCCUCCGUGCUGUCUUUCCUAAAGAAGAAACCAUUGAGCACAACUUUCGGGAACAAGCUGGUGUACGAGUCACACUGGUACCCGUUCACGGCCGGCCCGGAGAAGGUCUGGACGGAGAAGCCGCUCAACCAGCUCUGCCGUGCCAAGAUCGACGGAUACGUCAACACGACGGCGUUCUCGUUCACGGCCGGCGGCUCUGCUGCCGUGCCGUUGUUUGUCGGCGAGGUCGGGAUACCUGGGGCGGAGGUGAAGAAGUCGAGCGACAACUUUUUGUCGUGUUUCGCCACGUGGGCCGCGGAGAAUGACCUGGAUUGGGCCUGGUGGGGAUUGCAGGGCGGGUAUUACUUCCGGGAUAAUAGGACCGGGAUGGAUGAGUAUUUUGGGGCCUUGUCUUACUUCUGGGACCGGCCCAGGAACCCUUUCCUCUUGAACAGGCUCCGUCUUAUGCAGCUCAAAAACCAAGAUCCGACUUCACGAGUGGGGAAAGCGUACUUGCUGUUCCACCCGCAGACGGGAGACUGCAUGAUCAACAACAACCUUAGGGAGAUCUACGCCGGGCACUGCGGGCGGGAAAGCAGCCGGUUUCUGUACGCCGGAGACGGGUCGCCGAUCAUGUUGGCCGGCAGCAACUACUGCCUAAGAGCCGGCGGGGACGGGGUUAGGGUUCAGCUGACGACGGCGUGCAACGCGCCGGAGAGCAGGUGGUGGAGGGUGUCGAGCUCCAAGCUUCAUCUUGCGGCGAAGGAGGAGAAGACGGGAGAGUAUCUUUGCUUGAAUCGGGAUUCGGUUUUCACGUCGGAUGUGUUCACUAGGAAGUGCGUGUGCCUGGUUGGGUAUGAAACUGGGUGCGUGAAUGGAGGGGAUUUGGAGCCUACUGCUCAGUGGUUCAAAUUGGUCGAGACCAAUGUUCUUUAUACUAACUAA